UGCUGCAGAAGAAGAGAGAGCGGCGAGCAGAGAGCUGCAGAUCUCUGCUGAUUCCUGAUGCACCGCCGGCUCCUUUUCAUCCGUCUGUAGAGAGCCACGGCCGCUCAGACUGGGAGGGAAACGCCACAAAUCUGUUUUAAUUUGGAAGAAAGCAGAAGGAGGACGAGCAGGUGGGGACACAAGUGUGCCGGUUUUACCCACUUCAGCGUCACCUUCUGUGGGAGGAGAAGGCGACUGAUUCCCCGGGGAAAUCAAGGAGUGGACGGUUCCCAAAACAUCUGGAAAGGAGCGAGACUAAGCCGGAUUUAACCUCUGUAGAGAAAUGACGGAGCAGCAGAGGAAAUCAAAGGAUGAAAGAAUAGAAGAGGAGAAAGGAGAGAAGGCCGGUCCUCUCAGGGUCUAGAUCCUCUCAGAAAACCUGCCGGCUGCUCCUGGACGAGGAUUUUUUGGGGAGAUUACGCGGAGAUAAAGUCAGCUUCAUGGCAGACAGAGGGCGACUGUUUGAGGCUGAAGUUUGCUGAAACAAAGCCGCUCUUCACCUGUGUGGAUUAUCACACCUGGAGGAGGAUUUUUGGGGAUUGAGGAGUUCACAAACUGAUUUUUCUUUCUGGUCGACAAAGAUUUCAAGAUACUUGGAAUUCAGUGUGGUGACCUAAACACUGGAAAUUUCAUCGACUGAGGAAAAUAAUUCGUGCAAUUUUCUGUUUAGUGGCACAUUUGGAAAAUACAGAUCCAGCAGCCGUGGGUCAUUUGCUGAAUUAGACACACGUAAAUGAAAAACAAACUGUCAAAAAGGGAUUUUGAGAAAUUCCCAGAAUGGCAUCUCUCCAUUUAAACGCCUUUCACGCUGCAGUUUUUCUCUCCCUCUGUUUGUUUCCUGUGAACACACUUUUUUAAUCCUCUCUCUUUGCCUGGGUGCUUGUCUUUGGCUCCUUUUCCCUCUGAGGCGUCUGACAGGAAUCCUGUGUUGGAUCAGGGUGCAUAAAACAGGUGCUGAUGACAGAUAACAGGUGCAGAGAGGCGCAGGUAGACUCUGAUAAAGCCAGAUAACUGAUGCUCGGUGACAGAAGCAGCAGGUGAUACAGGCUGAAUGUGCUUCUGCAGAGAGUCGAUCCUGUCUGUCAUCUUUCUGCAGGCUAAUCGAGGACCGUCUGUGGGCGAGGUGGGCGGUGAUAAAACCGGAGGGAGACGCUGUUCUCUGCAAAAAACCAACAUGCAAAAGGAGAAAAGUUAAACAGCCCCGAGCAGCAAGUGAGAAAUAAAUCUUUACUUAGAAUGAAAAAGUGAAGGAAAAGAUUCAGAAACUGCAAAGCACUGAUUUUUAAAACAGAAACAUGCAGGCACAGGAAACACCUGUCAGUAAAUAUUCAUCAUCAGAUCAUUUGGAGCUCACAGGUUUGUCUCUGAAGAAACUUCAGCUCUUUAACACAAUAAAAUACCGUUUACAAAACUAAAUGUGCUUCGAGACUUUGCAGCUAAAUUUAGAUUUUUUGAGGGAGAAACAGCAAAAAGGACUGAGACCAAACAGAAAUCAAACAACAUGUGAUAUUCAACUGGAUAUUAAAACACACAGACAUAAACUGAGAGACACAAAGUGCACGUGGCAGACAGAUGUUAGUGAACCAGGAGGAAAUGUAUUUUUGAACUUUAUAGUAGACACACAAAAGUGCACAAAAUGACAGAUUUACUGAUAAAACAUGGGAGCAUUUUCCAUCUGCACACAUCAACGCUGAGUGCAAACGUAACACUUUAGAUGGAAACGCUGGAUUCAGAGAGGAGGCUGAAAUGUGGAGUCACUGCUAAAAGCACAAAUGCUGCUUCUCCUUUCUGACCCUACAAACGCAUCAUUAAUGCCACAGUGCUCAAAGCAUUCAGCGCUAAACACAACCAACCUUUCAAAAAACACAAAAGCACAAACUUUGAUACGUAAAAUAAAAAACAAAUCUCUUGUUUGGUUUGUUAGGUGAGCGGUUUGGGUAUAAAACCACAUUUUAAAGUUCAAACAGUAGAAACAGUAGAAACAGAUGCUGGUUGUUUCGUUCUAUUACUUCUGCACAGACACGAUCAGCUUGACUUUUGGACAAAAUGUUUACAGUGGAGCCGCGGGCUUCUUAUUUCUCGUGGUGAUUCAAACCCUCAGAUGAAUUAUUGAGAGCUCUUGAUCCUCUCUCAUCAAGAAACUGUUCCAAUCUUUUAUUGAAGCUCUUGGCGUUUGCAAUAUUUCAAAAUCUCUGACACAAGCCAGCAGCCUGUUAGAGUCCGUUUGGGGGAGAAGGAACGUCGCUCUAAACGCUCACUGAUGUUCACAUGAAUUAUUGAAGCGAACUGAAAACAGUUUACAACCGGGAGAAGAGUUCUUUUCUUCAGUUCUUAUUAACCGUCACAGGCCUCGCUUCCAAACGCACCUCAGGAGACACACAAACGAACAUUUAGCUGCAGAGUUUGUGUUUGAUUAGAGGCUCAGAUUUAAUCCAUUUUGGAAAAGCAGGAAAAAUAAUUUUUUAAGCUAAGAACCUUUUCCUUCCUGUUUGCAGGAACACACACUUUAUUUAACCAAACAAACAGAGAUCGCACAAACGUCAUCCUUCAUCGAGUUUGAAGUUUGUCGUCUAUAAACUUUCAGCUGUUACAUUUACUCUAAACAGAAGCUGAAAACACACAAUUUGCAGUCUUUUUCUUCUCCAUCAGCUUUCCUGCGCUCAUCAUUUUUUAAAAGCACCACGAUUUGGAUCUAUUAUGUUUUUAUUCAUCACUCUCGCAGAAGCUACCAAAUUUAUUCAGAACAGAGAGAGAAGCAAUUUGUUUGGUCAUAAAGACAAAAUAUUCAGUGCAAGACAAAAAUCAAACAAACAUCCAACAAAGUGAAGCUUAAGUUGAUUUAAACUAUUUGAUAUUUGCACUGAACUACAGCUGAAUGAUGCUGUAAGCACACGUGUACACUGUCUCUGUGGGAGCCGUGAACCAGCACUCGGACUUCAUCCUUCCAUCAGGAUUCAGCUGCUGCUUGUUUUUGCUUAAACAAACUGAACUGAUUUUUCAUGUUAACAGUUUCAAGCACAAACCGGAGAUCGCCUUCCUCCUCCUCCUCCUCCUCCUCCUCCUCCUCCUCCUCCUCAUCUUUCCCCCUGUAGGGCUGAAACAAUCUACCGUGCAUGAAUAAAAAUUAAUUUAGAUGAAAAGUGUCUCGCCUCCUCGCUGGCCGCAGGACGCCAGAUAAAAGCUGUUUACUGCGAGGAGCUGUUCGAGCAGCAGAACGCAGCCUUUUUACGACAAAAACGAACGACGUUUGUGCUGCUUUUGUCUUCGUUUCAUCAUUUUUUCUGCUUGCGAGUGGGAAACAGUGAGAAACAGAGAAGUGGGUUUUACUUUUGUCUUUAGAGCAGAAAAGAGGACACGACGCAAACUCAGCUUGACUCUCAGCUGGGGUUUCCCUUUCUUGUCUUUGAAGGAGAACUUGUGACUUUGAGCUGAUAAAAGGAGCUGCACAUGUUUGGAGACACUUCUGGGGCUUCUCAGAUGAAGUGGAAAUCUCACUUUACUGUAUAAAAACUACAAGUACCCUACUUUGGUGCAUAUUUGUCUAAAAACUGAGUUUGAAGAACAAGCACAGAUCUGCUAUACAGAUAACUGCAGCUUUUACCUGUUUGAAUCAAAUCAGCAUAAAUUUGAAUCAUUUUUUGAUACAUUUCUUGACAGAUUUCCUCACAGCCUUAUGGUUCACACAAAGAACAAGAAUAAAACAUUUUAGAUACACGAUCUGUAUCACAGAAUAAAGAUUUCACAUCAAACCUGAUGAUUUGAUCUCAGUUUGGAACCUCAUUUUAGGCCAAAGGUCAGUGGGUGAUUAAAAAAGGUUAAACAAGCAAGAUCGCGAACACUGACCUGAACACAUCAGAUUUGGAGGUCAAAGGUCGGACAGACAAGCUGGAUUAUCGAUACGGACUGGCAGCUGUUUCCUGAGGGACCUGCGGUGACAGAGAACGACAGAGAUUCAGAUCAAGAGGACAGACAGACCGAGACGCCAUCAUGGGCUGCAACAUGUGCGUGGUCAAACGUCCAGAGGAGCAGUACAGGAUCAUGUUCCAGCAGAAAGGCUGGAGCAGCUCCCUGCGGCCGAUGGACAGACACGGAAACGUAAAGCUCAGAGGAAGAAGACCCUCUCAGCUGCCGCUAGACCGAUCACAAAACUCCCAGGAGCCUUUGAGCCAGUCUGGGCUGGGGUGCAAAAGUCACAGGAGGAAAGGUACGCUGGUGUGCGGUAACGGGACGGUCAGCUCCUCCGUCUCUUCUGUUGCCAUGGUGGCGAUCCCUGACUGUGUUGAUAAUGCAACGCAGACUGACAUCAGUUUCCAGAACACUCUGACCCUGGGGAGAAGCAGAGGUCACCAUCACCACCACCACCAUGGUGAGGGAGGCUCCUCCUCUCCCCCACCACCUCCUCCAUCACCUCCCCUCCCUCACCUGGCAGUGCCGUACGAGAUCAAUGAGUUCUGUGUGUUUGAAUACAACGACCCCAAUGACUACUUUGAUGUAUCCAACCACGAGGUGGACCGGCAGGAUGACCUGGAAUAUGAGGAGGUGGAGCUGUACAAGUCCAGCCAGCAGGAGAAGCUGGGUCUGACCGUCUGCUACAGGACGGAUGAUGAGGAGGAUCUGGGCAUUUAUGUUGGGGAGGUUAAUCCAAACAGCAUCGCAGCCAAGAACGGACGCAUCAGAGAGGGCGAUCGAAUACUGCAGGAAACAAUGGGCUUGAAACUGAGUACCACUGACAUGGAUCAGAGCACUCUGAUGGACGCCUACACUGUUGGCUUUGGAAUUUCUAUGGUGCAUUAUGAAAUGAGCAGCAUGGAGCAUUACCACCACCAUCACCAGCCUCUGACAAUGACCAUGAUGAUGCCGGGCCUGACGGAGGAAGAGUGCCAGCGUUACCAAGAGCUGUUAGAGAUCAAAUAUCAGUAUGAGAGACAUUUGGAAAGACGCCGGAGAGAGCUGGAAAAGGAAACCACUGAAGCAGAAGUUAAAGGCCGAGAGGACGGGGACAAGGCAGCAGAGGAAGCUGAAGGCACAGCUUCUGAAUCGGUAGUGGACGUGGACAGCAAAGAGAUGCCAAGUGAGCACGAGUUGGCGUUGAUCGAGGAGGAGCUGCGCCACCUGGAGUUUAAGUGCCGCAACAUUCUCCGAGCGCAAAAGAUGCAGCAGCGUGGAGCCCCCUACAGGCCUGAAGGUGGAAGUGCAGAGUCGAGCCCCUAUUUCACCCGGAGGCAGCACAGACACAGCAAACCGUUAGAGCGCUAUCAGAGCUGCAUGACCCUGCCCUCCGAGGGUCUGGUGGACCCCCUGGACCGAGUGAGAGACAGCGGCAGGGCAGACGGGGAGGAGAGGGGGGUAGCCACAGGCAGCAGUGGGCCGGCGAGCCCCAGGAGUGUGAACAGCGCCCCCUGUGGUCUGGAGGACCACCGUGCAGGUGCCUCACGGUUAGGACUGGCCUUACCUCUUGGACUGACUCACUCAUCACCAAACGCGUCUCCACAGCGCAUGGAGUGGAAGGUAAAGAUUCGCAGCGAUGGGACUCGUUAUGUGGCCAAGCGGCCGGUCAGAGAUCGUCUGCUGAAGGCCAGAGCCAUGAAGAUCCGCGAGGAACGCAGCGGCAUGACGACAGACGAUGACGCUGCCAGUGAAAUGAAACAGGGUCGAUACUGGAGCAAAGAGGAGAGGAAGCAGCAGCUGCUGAGAGCUCGAGAGUACAGAAGGAGAAGAGAGUUCAUGAUGCAGAGCCGCCUGGACUACAUGAGAGGAGACAGGUACAGGGCAAAAUCUACAACCACACCCCAGAAGUUCAAUCGUUAUUACAGACACAAACAUAAAAGGUGCCACAUUUAUCCUCAGAGUAUGAAGUUCAUCACUGUCGUCUGUCGGAAGAAAUGA